AUGGCGGACUCUGGAGAAGUCGCACCCCCUCCCGCGACCAAGCGGCCUCACUCUGAGGUCGAAGCCGAGAACAGCGACGACGACUCUGACGAUGACUUCGGUCCUGCGCUCCCGUCUGAGGUUGCGCCUCAAAAGAAACGGCGCAAGCUUCCGUUUGAGAAGGUCUUCGUCAAUGCGCUCCCGCUUUCCGCGAAAUACUCCAAGUCACUCAUGCACAAGGAUCAAUUGUCCUUUGUGACCGUCGCGCCCUUCACGGAUUUCGUUAUUACUAGCUCCGUCGAUGGAUUUGUCAAGUUCUGGAAGAAGAUGGCAGAGGGAAUCGAGUUCGUGAAGGAGUUCCGUGCCCACCCAGGCGAGAUCCGGAGUGCCACUGUCAGCGCCGAUGGUCGCAGUUUCGCGACAGCAGGAGCAGACAAGACAGUGAAGAUUUUCGAUGUCAUCACAUUUGAUCUCUUGUCGAUGUAUACCUUGGAAUUCGUUCCUCGAUGCGUGUGCUGGGUCCAUCCGCGCGGCGCAUCACUUCCACUUCUCAGCGUGACAGACGAGUCCAGCAACACGAUCCAGGUAUUUGAUGGGCGUGGCGAGAAUCCCCAACCAUUGCAUACUUUGAAAUCAAUCCACCGCAGCCCCGUGGUGUCACUUGCAUUCAACAGCGUAUUCGAUUGCGUUGUGUCGGCAGAUGAGACAGGAAUGAUUGAAUACUGGAGAGCUGGAGAUGGAUCCUUUGAGAAACCCGAUAAUGUCUUCGAGUUGAAAUCCUCGACCAACCUUUUCGCUUUCAAGAAAGCCAAGUCAGUACCAACGGCGAUCACCAUCUCCCCCUCCGGGGAGCAUUUCGCUACAGUCUCCUUCCCAGACCGGCAGGUCCGCGUCUUCGAUUUCGCCUCAGGAAAGCUCUACCGCACAUACGACGAGUCGAUAACCACCAUUACAGAGAUGCAGCAGGCUGGAACAGCGCCUUACGCACUCGACGAGGUAGAAUUUGGACGGCGUCUGGGUGUGGAGCGGGAAAUCGAGGGCGAUGCCACCCGCAAUAAGGUGAAUGUCUCCUUUGAUGAAUCAGGCCACUUCAUCCUCUACGGCUCUCUCUAUGGCGUCAAGUGCAUCAACACCUACACCAAUCGCGUCGUCCGCGUCUAUGGCCGCGACGACCCAUUCCGUGCGCUCAAUCUCGCACUCUACCAGGGUCAACCGCAGCGCAAGGGCGUUGUCACCGUCUCCAUGGCAGCUAGUAGCAACCCUCUGCUCCAGGAAGCGGAGGAACGCGACCCCAUCCUUUUCACCACCGGUUUCGCCAAAGUUCGUUUCUACAUGUUCAACAACGAGACGGACAUUUCCAAAUCGACUCGCGACGUCCAGAACGAGAAGCCCACCGAGUCAACAUCCAACACAGGGGCUGCCCCCACUAAGGCGGCCGAGACAGGCACUGCGGCGGUUCUCCACACCACGUACGGUGAUAUCCACUUGCGUCUGUAUCCGUCCGCUGCGCCGCGUGCUGUGGAGAACUUCGUCACGCACUCCCGCCAGGGCUACUACAACAACACGAUCUUCCACCGUGUGAUCCGUAAAUUCAUGAUCCAGGGUGGUGACCCGCAAGGCGAUGGAACCGGCGGCGAGUCCAUCUGGGGUGGGGAGUUCGCGGAUGAGUUCUCCGUGCUCAAGCAUGACCGUCCGUACACGCUGUCGAUGGCUAAUGCCGGACCCAACACCAACGGCAGUCAGUUCUUCAUCACUACGGAGAAAACGCCGUGGCUUGACAACAAGCACACUGUGUUUGGGCGUGCCGUGCAGGGAUUGGACAUUAUACACAAGAUCGAGAACUGCCGAACUCAUAAAGAGAAGCCCGAGGUCGAUAUCAAGAUCGUGAGUAUCAGCAUCUCCUGA